UACUUCUCAUUUUAGGUCUGAUCUUAGAGAGAGUGGUUUUGUCAGCUCAGGGCAGAGGUGGAGGACUUAAAGGAAAUAAAUCAACAGGCGUAGGAUGCCUGUCCCAUCAAAGCUGUCAGUUUUAAACCAGUGUUUCCUGUAUGGACUGGAAGCCAACAGGAAGAGAGAAGGUGAAAUAAUGUUGUCUGUGGCAUUUUCCUAAACCAAGUGUCCUUCCUAAAGGGCAGGAAGCACCUGGGGUAUUGUCUGUUUGCGAAAUCUGGAAAGAAAUUGUUUUUGAAAUAAGAGAAAAAUAAAUUGAUUUUCAAGUUCCAGUGCCUUUCAUGUUUUCACACACAUAACUUUUUUUUCUUCAGUCAUCUGGUUUCUGAUAAUAACGGCUUCAAAUUAGUAAGGUAUUUACAUUGAAGCCAAAUGUUGGGAAUAUUGCAAUGGGACACCGUGACUGGAUAGUUUAGCUUGAACUCUGAGUCUCCUUGGGCUGGGGAAAAUGGAGGCCAGAGACAAACAAGUCCUCCGCUCACUUCGACUGGAGCUGGGUGCAGAAGUAUUGGUGGAGGGACUGGUUCUUCAGUACCUCUACCAGGAAGGAGUCUUGACAGAAAAUCAUGUUCAAGAAAUCAAAUCUCAAGCCACAGGCCUCAGGAAAACAAUGCUACUAUUGGAUAUCCUGCCCUCCCGAGGUCCUAAGGCAUUUGAUACCUUCCUAGAUUCCCUUCAGGAAUUUCCCUGGGUAAGGGAGAAGCUGGAGAAGGCAAGAGAUGAGGCCAGAACCGAGCUGCCCGCAGGUGACCGGAUGGCUGGGAUUCCCACACACCUCCUCAACAGCUCCCCUUCAGACCAGCAAAUUAACCAGCUGGCCCAGAGACUAGGUCCAGAGUGGGAGCCGGUGGUGCUAUCGCUGGGACUGACUCAGACUGACAUCUACCGCUGUAAGGCCAACAACCCCCACAACGUGCAGUCGCAGGUAGUGGAGGCCUUCGUCCGCUGGAGGCAGCGCUUCGGGAAGCAGGCCACCUUCCUGAGCUUGCACAAGGGUCUCGAAGCCAUGGAGGUGGACCCCUCGGUGCUCCAACACAUGCUUGAGUGAUGCACCCAGCAUCCACUGGGGAGUGGGCCCCUAAGUCACACAUGCUCAGUCCCAACUUUCCUUCAAAGCAUGUAGUUUCUUGUUUGUUUAUUGCUUUCAAUGAUAAUAGAUGGAAAGAGAAAACAGGGUUUCUCUUGAUAGUACACAGAAGGCUAGAUUACUCAGUACAGUACAUUGAUGCCACCAUUAAUUGUUUUUAAUUACUUAAAAAAUUGAAUUGUUGCUGUGUGCUGGUGGCUCACAUCUGUAAUCCUAGCUACUUAGGAGGCUGAGAUCAGAGGAUCAAAGUUCAAAGCC